UUUUGGCGCAAUAAUACCAGUAAACAAGUUAGGUGAGCACCAAGAAGGAGGAAGAUAAACACGAGUCAAGAAGUUCAAGUAGUUUGUGCUGCGGACGAGAUGUAUACAGCUAUAGCUGGUGGGAUGUUGGCUCAUUAAAUGGUUCGUACAACAAACGAGCAAGUAAUUAAUUUAUAUUGUACUAGCACGGUACACAAAAGAUUGAAUGAAAGCAGACUGGUUUAAAAAAAUACUUUUUUUUAACAGGGUUUGCGCCGAAUUUUGAAUUAUGGGCUAGUAACGAGUAUGUAUAUUAAAAUACACCGUCUGUGUGUCUAAGAAGAUAUACAUAUAGUUUUGAAUUUACGGUUUAUAUUGUUGCUCGUUGUUUGUAAAUAUGAGCGGAGGGAAGCAAGUUGCACACAUUGACGGUGAGUCGCGUGGUAAAAAAAGACUUCGUAAAACCAGCUCGAGCAGCGAAGAGGACAGAUCGGAAAUAUUAAAGCAUUUACUUGAAACAACCUCCGAAAUGAAAAAGAUUCUGAACAGCAGUAGUGUUGCUUCCCUGACUAAGAAGCAACUAAACUCAACCAUAGAAGAGGGCAUUAAAACGGCAGUGGAGAGUGCUUUAUGUGAAAUUACAAAACUAUUUGACAACAAAUUUCACGAUUUUGAGGUCAGAGUUGCUGAAAAGUUAACCACGUGGACACAGUCAGAGACCGAGUUUAAAUCACCAGGCUGUAAGGAACUCCACGUAAACAACCGCAGCGAACCGAGGCAUAACAAUAACAUUGAGCUCCGUGGUCUACCUGGAAAAGGAAAGGAAAGCAUUGCUACUUUCCUCACAUCAGAGAACGGUGCCUCGGUUCAUCGCUGUGUGCCAACUGAGAACUGCGAUUCUUCAAGAUCGCUUGCAGACACCAAACAGAAAAGCUUGGUAAUUCAGGAAGAUGUAAACCAAGCAAACUCACAAGACGACCCACUGAUCGACGCCACAACUGUAAGCGGUGCAGUAUGGGGAGGAACAGGUGCAAAAAAGGGAAGUGCUGUCCACAUUAAAGCAGAGGCCCCUGAGCAAGAAUCCACCCACCUUAAAGAGGUCUCUGCACUGGAAUUUGAGUACAUUGUAACAGAAGAUUCCGAAGAAAAUAAUGUUGAUUUGCAGGAGGAGAACACAGGCAUUCACCCCAUUAUUCAUGAGGAGGGGAGAUCCUGGCGCAUUAAACAGGACAGAGAAAGGAUAACUUCCAUCACCAAUAUACCAAGUACAGCUAGGACAAGCCAUUGGUUACAGGAUAAGGAAACUAUGUUUUAUUCCGAUUCUGGGGAGUCUGAGUCCUUCUCUGGCAGUGAUGAGGACUGUGCUCAAGAGGAUGGACUGGAAAGCUCCUCUACAGAGGCCUAUACAGACAGCGGCACGGAAGACGAGGAGCCCUGUGGAACAGGGAAGAGCGGGCAACCUGCAAAGAAAUUGUCCUGGAAAAAGGAAUUGCCUGGACAAACACGACCGCUAUCACCUUUUCAUUUUAAUAGGACUCCUGGAAUGACCUGCGAAGUUGCAGACAAAAACUCACCACUUUCCUAUUUCUCUCUGUUCUUCACAGACGACCUAAUGGCCAUGAUUUUACAACAGACCAACAAGUAUGCAGCAGAAAACCCACCAGCAGUGUCAACAGCAGAGUUCCAGGACAUUACAGUGAACGAGCUGUGGUGUUUUCUUGGCCUGUUCAUUGUUAUAGGCAUCAUUCCAAAACCAUCUAUUGGUGAUUAUUGGACUACAGAAUUUUUCACGCAGACGCCUGCUUUCCACCAUAUUAUGCCGCGUAAGCGUUUCACAGACAUUGCUAAAAACUUACACUUUGUUGACAACCAUGACCCAGCUGCCAGGGAGGCUGGUAAACUUUGGAAGGUCUGUCCAUUAUUGGAAUACAUUGGACAGAGAUUCAAGGAGGUCUACAUUCCGCAACGCAACAUUUGUAUUGAUGAAGCAAUUAUGUUGUACAGGGGAAGGCUAGCACUAAAGGCGUUUAAAUAUAAAUCACAGUUUGGCAUAAAAAGUUACACUGUGUGUGAGUCUGGCACUGGAAAGAGUGGCUACAUAUGGAAUUAUAAGAUGUAUUCAGGAAAGGACACUGCUGGUGGUGGAUUGAAGUCCCAAAAGAUUGUUACCAACCUCCUGCAUGGUUUGGAAAAUAGUGGAUACACCCUUUGGAUGGAUGAUUCACAUUGCUCUCCAGACUUGUUUUUUGAGCUUCAAAGGAUGGGAGUAGAUGCGUGUGGCACAGUACUUCCAAACAAAAAGAACAUGCCCCUGGACUGCAAGCAUCAGAAACUUCACAAAGGACAGGGUGAAUCGUGGGUGAGCGACGCAGAGCCCAAACUUCAUGUUGUACGCUGGCAAGGAAAAAAGGAGAUCUUCAUGCUUACAACCAUCCAUGACCUUUCAGUACAGCAAACACAAAGGACCAACUGGAGAACGGGUGAAAGGCUGGUGAAGCCAAAGUGUGUGCUCGAUUUCAGUAAAAACAUCAGAAGUGGCGAUGGGCGCGAUCAGAUUUUAAAAACCUAUGCUGUGAUAAACAAAAACCGAAAGUGGUACAUCAAGCUCUUUUUCCAUGUGCUGGAUAUGACAAUUACCAACAGUUAUGUUCUGUUUAUGAAGAAUGGGGGUGAUCUCACGGAUUACAAUUUCAGGGUCAAGCUCACUAGUGAGAUCAUUAAACGUUGGAAGGAAGUGACCAUAUCAACGAGGUUCUCUCACAGUGAUCCACCAACCCGUUUAGAGGCUGCAGACGCUCACUACUUAGUCCAAAUCCCGCCCACUGCCAAGAAGCAAAAGUCCUACAGAGUGUGUCGGGUGUGCUCUGCAAAAGUGCGUUUCGCUGCCAAAAUCAGUGGACAGAAAAUCAAGAGAGGAGACCGAGCUGGGGCAAGAGAGACCAGAUACAUGUGUGUUAAAUGUACCGUUCCACUGUGUGUUCUACCAUGUCACCAAAUCUACCACACACAGAAGAUCUAUGACAACCCAUGCUCAGUAUAGUUGCUCUGAGGGGUCGGUCACUGGUAACCAGCAUUCCCUCUAAUCUUUUUAGAUACUGAGAAACUUGCCGUUUUGACUGAGAAAGGGUCAGUUAUCAGUGAGAAACCUUUGACUCAUUAACACUUUUAAUAUAUUAUUAUGAUUAAAAUAAAUACAUGAAUAAAUAAAUAAAAGUAGUGCUUGAUAUUUUAAGUGCCGCAAGACUAUUCUCUCAUGCGUGAUUCUCGGCCGCUAGCUUUAAAGAUUAUAGAAACUCAGCACACUGCAGUAAGUAAACAGUUUUGAAAAUAAAAAUGCGAUAUUAAGUCUAUCUAGGUGGUGUUUUGCAAGCGGUAAUAUUCGCUUUAAGUCUUAAAACUCUGCCCCAUUUAUUUUGGGGCACCAGGGCACCGAAGGUUACGCACAUAUUACUCGGGCACCGUAAAAGCCACUUACCUGGUUCACUGUUUAAAAGUACAGACUGGGUUUUCCAAAGACGUAUUCAGUGUGUGUAUGCUGUACUCCUAGCCGGAACUACGAUCGCUUGAAGUUAAGCCUCUCAUCAUGUGAUGGAGUUAACAGCUUAGAUUUCGUUUUUAGUCUAUUGCUCUGUCAUUGUAGCAGCUAGACUGAAAGGGGCAGUAUCGUUGGAAAGCUUAGAAGCUCAGCCCCCCCCUCCCCCCCCCAUGUUCAUUUCAUAUUGAGGUUCAGUGGUGCAGUGCAGUGCACCUUUUUCUUCCGCUGCAUGCAAAAACUUCGCGUCAGGCAGUGGCAAAAGCAAUGGAGAGUGCUGUGUCUCACAAUGAUGAACAGCUGUUAGGUCUCCUGAAAGCAGCUUAUUUUAAAGCAACACCCGUGUUCAAAACUGCAAUAUAUAUAUUAUUACAAAAGCGUUAAUCAAGAUACAGUUAGGAAGACUUCAAUGGCAAGAUAACACUUCAAAUCUAGAAAGGGUCCAUGGGACCAAAAAAAAAAAAAAAACCUCUUACAAAGGUAAAUCAUAUACAGUUGUUGCUCUAGAAACAAAGCAUAUGAGAAAUAAUCAUAAAAAAAAAUGUAUUACAUUGUUACAUAAACUGGCCAAUUUUAAUAAACAGUUGUAUUUACAAAAUACAUAAUGUAGCAACUGAUACAUUUAAUUGUUGAUAUCUCACACAUAAAAAAUGAGACCUUGGAGAUAUUUUAUUUAUAUACAUACACUACCGGUCAAAAGUUUUAGAACACCCCCAUUUUUCCAGUUUUUAUUGAAAUUUAAGCAGUUCAAGUCCAGUGAAUAACCUGAAAUGGUACAAAGGUAAGCGGUAAACUGCCAGAGGUUAAAAAAAAAAGUUUAGGUUACCAAAAACUGAAAAAUAAUGUACAUUUCAGAGUUAUACAAAAAGGCCUUUUUCAGGGAACAAGUAAUGGGUUAACAACUUACAGCUGUUCUGCAGCAAUGGAAGUAAAUUAAGCCUUGAAAGUUGAUGCUAACAUUUCAUACAGGUGUCCCAACUUUUGUUGAUUACUUACAAACCCUCUGUCUGUAUAAAAGCAGUGUUGGAACAGACUGUGUUACUUCACCCUCUUAAGCAUUAUUUGGACAGUAUUGUACUGCAGGAAGUAGAAUAUUGCUCUCAUAAUGGCGAAAAAAAGGCAAUUAACAAAGGAAGACAGUCAGACCAUUAUAACCCUUAAAAGUGUAGGUCUUUCCUUUAGAGAAAUUGCAAAGAAAGCCAAGGUGUCAGUGAGUACAGUUUCCUACACCAUCAAAAGGCACUUGGAAACUGGAGGAAACUCUGACAGGAAGGGGUCUGGCAGACCCAAAGCCACAAGGAGGCUGUGUGGGCCAGUGGUUAAAGCAAAGGGCUUGUAACCACAAGGUCCCUGGUUCAAAUCCCACCUCAGCCACUGACGCAUUGUGUGACCCUGAGCAAGUCACUUCACCUCCUUGUGCUCCGUCUUUCGGGUGAGAUGUAAUUGUAAGUGACUCUGCAGCUGAUGCAUAGUUCACACACCUGUAAGUCGCCUUGGAUAAAGGCGUCUGCUAAAUAAACAAAAAAAAUAAAUAAUAAUAAUAAUAAUAACAGAAUCAGAAGACAAGUUUCUGAGAGUCAACAGCUUGUGUGAUGGGCGGCUCACAGGACAACAGCUUCAAGCACAGCUUAACACUGGUCGAAGUAAGCAAGUCUCAGUUUCAACUGUGAAGAGAAGACUUCGAGCUGCAGGUUUGACAGGUCGAGUGGCAGUAAGAAAGCCAUUGCUAAGAUGGCAAAAUAAGAAAAAGAGGCUUGCCUGGGCCAUGAAGCACCGCCAGUGGACUACUGAAGACUGGAAGAAGGUCUUAUGGACCGAUGAAUCAAAAUUUGAAAUCUUCGGUUCAUCACGCAGGGUUUUUGUACGCCGUCGAGUAGGCGAAAGGAUGGUUCCUCGGUGUGUAACACCAACUGUCAAACAUGGAGGAGGAAGCGUGAUGGUCUGGGGCUCUUUUGCUGGAUCCAGAGUCGGCGACUUGCACAGAGUGAGUGGCACCCUGAACCAAAACUGCUACCAAAGCAUUUUGCAGCGACAUGCAAUACCCUCUGGUAUACGCCUAGUUGGUCAGGGGUUCAUCCUACAGCAAGAUAAUGACCCAAAACAUACCUCCAGGCUAUGUCAGAACUACCUUAGAAGAAAAGAACAAAACUGUAGGCUUAAACCCCAUCGAGCUGGUUUGGGAUGAACUGGACAGAAGGGUGAAAGCAAAGCAACCUGCAAGUGCAACAAAUUUGUGGGAACUUCUACAACAGUGUUGGGAAGAACUUUCCGAACAAUAUUUGAUUUCCAUUGUAGAAAGAAUGCCACGAGUGUGUUCGGCUGUUAUAUCUGCAAAAGGUGGCUACUUUGAUGAGUCAAAAAUUUAGAUUAAAUUUUGUUAAACAAAACGAUUCCAUGAUUUCUUUUUUUUUAUCUCCAAUUGUUUAUUUGUUCUAUGCUUUAAUUUCAGAGUACAUUGAGACAUUAAACUGCGUAAAUUUCAAUAAAAACUGGAAAAAUUGAGGUGUUCUAAAACUUUUGACCGGUAGUGUAUAUAUAUGUGUAGAUAGACUUGAAUUGACACACUUUUAAAUAGAUUUGAUACAGUAUAUAAAGGCCUAUAGUCUAUCAAUCUGGGAUAUUACCUCAAGUAGUUUUAUAUGAAAUAAUGUUUCUAAUCUGGAUAUAUGGAGUAUAUAACAAAAAUGACUUUAAUUGCCACUGGCAAACUGACCAUGACUUUUAGCAGUUUCCCUGCUUUUGAAUGCUCAUAAAGCAAAGCAAAUCAUUGUGUUAUGUUUACAGUAUAGAAAAUGAAGAUAGAAAAUGGGAAUAGUCAAAACUGUUAGCUUUUAUUAAAAAGCACAAACAACUAAUUGAUUAAGUUUAAAAACAAAAAUCCAAGCUAGCAGUAAUAAACCAACAAUAAAUGUAAAGGGGGCAUUUCUUCCCAUUUCAAUUGGAAAAUGCAUUUGUAUGUUUCAAUCAACCAGAAGAUGGCAGUAAUAAGCCACUAUUUGACUUAAGGUGCUUAUGUUGGAUGUAGUCACAUGAAACAAUUUGGGAGACUUAAUGUUUUAUGAAGCAUCAUGUCUAUCUAAAUAAUUUCACUUUAUUUGAAUCUCCUGGUAUUACAUUGAAAAGAAAAAGAACGCGCAACAGAAAUCCAUUUGCCACCCAAACAAGAAGCUGAAUUUCGCAGAUGGCUAUGUGUGUGAACCAGGUUUGGAUACUGAAGAGUAAGCAAGUCAAAACCGCUGAAGACCAGGCGAAUAGCUGGAGUCUGGGUUUGUUUAUUAUUGAAUUGAGAUAAUUAGUUCAGGGAUGGCAGAUCCCACCAAAGUAUAGAGAGCGAGGCACCUUUUUGUACAGUGUUUUUAUUUUGCUUUUCCUACACUGUUGGAUGCACUGCAUGCGCUGUCAUUGCUGGUAGUGUCACAUGAGCAGAUUGUCUGUAUGUAAAUAAAUCCUGUUCAUCUGCGGGGCAUAUCAGGAACAACCUCUGUCUCGAUCUCCUGCCUGUCACUCAGCAGCGAAUGCACGCACCCACACGACAGUAGCCUGGCACAGGGCCUCUCAAAUAAGAGGCAUGUGGAAUGAGAGGGGUAUUAACUAGCCAGAGAUGCUGUGAAGCAAGUUUCUUUAAAACAUUAAUUAACAGCAAGGCAGCAUCACUGUGAAGAAGGAUAGUUUCCACUCCGUUGUACAAACUUUGUUAUUAAAAAACAAGGAGUACUAGUAGCUGUUUUAUAGACCUAUCAAAGUGUCAGAGUUCAUGCAAUGUAACAUGUUACUACAGCCUUGUGUUUGAUUGUAAUAAUCCUUCAUGUAUGUAUUUUUUUUGUACCGAUUUUUAAAAUAUUGCAGUGAUUGUUAGCAAAAUGAACAGAAAAUGUGCAUUUACAGUAGUGUUUAAAUCAUAAGUACUGUAAUAAAUCAUUAAAAUAAUACAUCAGCAAUUA